CUUCUCUCUUUCUCUCUCUCUCUCUCUCUCGCCCUCUGCAUACAUAAUAACAACUUCUUUAACAGUAAGAGCCCUCUUAUUAUUUACAACAAAGCUAUUCUUUUUGCUACGUGCAAGCAAAACAAGAUAUAGUUAUUAUGGCUAUUGAGAUUGAGCAACCUGCAGUUGGGCUGUCAAAAAUUGCAGUAUCUGAAACUCAUGGCGAGGAUUCUCCAUACUUUGCGGGAUGGAAAGCAUACGAUGAAGAUCCUUACCACGAAUAUGAAAACCCCUCAGGAGUUAUUCAGAUGGGACUAGCAGAAAAUCAAGUUUCGUUUGAUUUGUUAGAGGAGUACUUGGCAAAACAUUCAGAAGCAUCUAGUUGGGGAAAAGGAGCACUUAGCUUCAGAGAGAAUGCAUUGUUUCAGGAUUAUCAUGGACUAAGCUCUUUCAGACAGGCAAUGGCAAGUUUCAUGGAACAAAUUAGAGGCGGAAGAGCAAAAUUUGACUCUGAUAGAAUAGUCCUAACUGCAGGUGCAACUGCAGCAAAUGAGCUACUGACCUUCAUUCUAGCUGAUCCCGGUGAUGCUUUGCUUGUUCCAACUCCAUACUAUCCAGGAUUCGACAGAGAUUUGAGGUGGAGAACUGGUGUAAAAAUUGUACCAAUUCAUUGCGACAGCUCGAACAAUUUCCAGAUUACUCCUCAAGCCUUGGAAGCUGCAUAUAAAGAAGCAGAAGCCAAGAACAUCAAAGUUAGAGGGGUACUUAUAACCAAUCCUUCUAACCCAUUGGGCGCCACAAUCCAACGAUCAGUCCUGGAAGAGAUUCUUGAUUUCGCCACACGGAAAAACAUUCAUCUCGUAUCUGAUGAAAUCUACUCAGGAUCUGUCUUCUCAUCAUCUGAAUUCAUAAGCAUUGCUGAGGUUCUGGAAGCUAGAGGAUAUAAAGAUGCAGAAAGAGUUCAUAUUGUUUACAGUCUUUCAAAAGAUCUUGGUCUUCCAGGUUUUCGAGUUGGUACUAUAUAUUCUUACAACGACAAGGUUGUUACUACUGCAAGAAGGAUGUCUAGUUUCACCUUGAUUUCCUCACAGACACAACACCUCUUGGCUUCCAUGUUGUCUAACAAGGAGUUCACAAAGAAUUACAUAAAGAUAAAUAGAGAAAGGUUGAACAAGAGGUAUGAAAUGAUAAUUCAAGGACUGAGAGAUGCUGGGAUAGAAUGUUUGAAAGGCAAUGCUGGGUUGUUUUGCUGGAUGAAUUUAAGUCCAUUGUUGGAAACCCAAACAAGAGAAGGUGAAUUGGCUCUUUGGAAAUCUAUCCUUCGCGACGUAAAGCUGAAUAUUUCACCAGGAUCUUCUUGCCGUUGCUCUGAACCAGGAUGGUUUAGGGUGUGCUUUGCUAAUAUGAGUGAGCAGACACUAGAAGUUGCACUGAAGAGGAUACAUGAUUUCAUGGAUCAAAAGAAAACAGGAAGCAAUUAACAUCUCUCUCUCUCUCUCUCUCUCUCUCUCUCUCUCUCUCUCUCUCUCUCUCAGUAAUCUGCAAAUUUCAUUUUAUUUUAUCUUUUUGGUGGCUAUAGCCAUUUAGAUUCUUUAGAUGACAAAACCAAAAUUCAGUUGUCUCAUUAUACUGUAUAUGAGAUUGGAAUAUGUAAAACCAUAUUCUUGUUUUCUUGCUUCUGCCAAGCAAGUUUCCUAGAAAUUCCAUUUGUCUCAUUGUAAUACGUUUGCAAGAAAAUUUUUAUAUUAAUAUAAUAUACAAUGUUUCUUUUUAUCA